UGGAUUGAGUUGGCAGAUACAAAAAGAUCCUAUGAUUCAGGACAUACACAUCAAGGACGAACCAUGAUCCCAAAUCGGGGUUAUGAAGAUUCCACUCUUUUCCCCAAUAAAAGAAUGACACGUAUUAAUAGCUACUAAUGAACCCACGGCCACGGAUGCUGCCCUACAUCCACAGAGAAACUUCCCCAUCUUUAUUAUUCUCUCACUUAUUUUGUAUAGCUUAGGGUUUUCUGUUACGAAGGUUUCUAAUUUCCUUUUCUUUUUAUUCCUUGUACCAUUUCCUCUGUACUGAAAUUAGGGUUAUAUUCUCUUUAAUUUAGGAUAUUAAUUUGGGGUGUCAAGCAAUUCGACUUAUUUUUUUACCUGAAACUAUCAAUAAUCGAUGCCUCCGCGGACGGUGAAGAGAGGUGCCGCGGCAGCGGGAUCUAAGAGGGGGGUGAAAACGGCGAGAGGGGCGACCAAGGGACAGAAUCAGCAGCCCGAAGCUAUAGAAGAGACGCCGAAGAAAGACGCAAUCUAUGAGAACCCUUCCUUUUCUGAGGAGAAGCAGCCUCUUGAAAACAAAUCCAUGGUUGAAGAAAAUCAAGGCUUAGAAGAUGAAAUUGUCGGUGUUAAAUCAGAUUCCAAUGGCUCUGCUGUUUUGAAAAAAGGGGAAGAUGCUAAGGAGUCUGUUGAUGAGUUUGAAAAGGAUGAGUGUUUAGAGCUUGAUGAUAAUGAACCUGAGUAUGAGCCUGAAGAAUAUGGUGGUGUGGAUUAUGAUGAUAAAGAAAUUGAACAAGAUGAAGUUCAGCAAGUGGAAGUUGGAUAUGAAGUGGAGGAAGAACAAGAGGAGCCUGUUGGUGAAGAAGAAGAGGGUGAUCUGGUGGAGGAGGAAUUGGAAGAUGUUGCUGAAGAGCUUGAAGAGGGUGAAGACGAUGAUGAGCAUGCUGGUGAGGAGGAAGAUCAUGCUCAGAUUGUCGAUGCAGAGGAGGAGGACCACCAUGACGUGUUCAAGGAAAGGCGCAAGCGUAAGGAGUUUGAAGUUUUUGUUGGAGGUUUAGACAAGGAUGCUAUGGAGGAUGAUCUUAGGAAGGUGUUCAGCCGAGUUGGCGAGGUUACUGAAGUUAGGCUGAUGAUGAAUCCUCAGACCAAGAAAAAUAAAGGAUUUGCUUUUUUGCGAUUUGCAACUGUUGAGCAAGCAAAAAAAGCUGUUACAGAGUUAAAAAACCCAGUGAUUAAUGGGAAACAGUGUGGUGUAACUCCAAGUCAAGACAGUGACACACUUUUCUUGGGAAAUAUUUGCAAGACUUGGACAAAGGAAGCUUUGAAAGAAAAGUUAAUACAUUAUGGAGUCGACAAUGUUGAAGACAUGACACUGGUUGAGGACAGUAACAACGAGGGAAUGAAUAGGGGUUUUGCCUUUUUGGAAUUUUCAUCUCGGUCAGAGGCCAUGGAUGCUUUUAAGCGGCUUCAGAGGAGAGAUGUUUUAUUUGGGGUUGAUAGGCCUGCAAAAGUAUCUUUUGCUGAUUCUUUCAUUGACCCUGGUGAUGAAAUAAUGGCACAGGUGAAAACUGUGUUUGUUGAUGGUCUGCCUGCCUCAUGGGAUGAGGAUCGUGUUAGGGAGAUUUUGAAGAGAUAUGGAGAGAUUGAGAAGGUUGAGCUUGCUCGGAAUAUGCCAUCUGCUAAGAGAAAGGACUUUGGUUUUGUUACAUUUGAUUCGCAUGCUGCUGCUGUGACAUGUGCUAAAGGCAUUAAUAAUGCAGAGUUGGGUGAGGGAGACAACAAGGCUAAAGUUAGGGCUCGAUUAUCAAGACCUCUCCAGAGAGGAAAAGGAAAACAUGCAAUUCGUCCAGAUUUCAGGUCUUGGUAUGGUGGUAGAACUGCCAGAGGUCCAUGGGUUCGUCCGGUGAGAGGAAUUUUUAGCCAUACUGUUCCAUCCAGUAUGAAGAGGCCUGUAGGAUUGAGAGAUAGACGUCCCCCUGUAAUGUCAAUGCCAGCAAGAGGCAGGCCCUUGCCACCUCCUUCCAGGUCUUAUGAUAGAAGGGCACCUGCUCCAUCUUACCUGAAGAGUAGCCUGAAGAGGGAUUACGGUCGGCGUGAUGAGCUUCCUCCUCCAAGAAGCAGAGCUCCUGUUGAUUAUGGCUCCAGGUCUGUCCCUGAGAGAUGGCAAUCCUAUAGAGAUGAUUACUCGUCACGUGGCUCUGGCUAUUCAGAUCUUCCAAGAGGCAUAUCUCGUUCUUCGUCAAGUAGAGCAUAUGUGGAUGAUGGAUAUGGUCAGAGGUUUGAGAGGAAUCCUCCAACUUAUCGUGAAGGACGUCCUCGUGAUUAUGACACAGUCUCUGGGACUAAACGUCCAUAUUCUGGAAUGGAGGAUGUUCCUCCACGUUAUGCUGAUUCUGGUUCUCGCCAUUCGAGGGCUCGGUUGGACUACGAACUCGGCCCUAGUGCUUCCCAAUAUGGGGAUGCAUAUGGUGAUAGAACUGGGAGAUCCAAUGUAGGAUAUGGGGGCAGCAGAAGCUCUCUUUCUAGUCAGGAUUCACAUGGGCUAUAUUCCAGCCGUCAGGGUAUGGGUUAUGGAGGAUCUUAUGGUGGCAAUGAUGUUGGUGGAAUGUACCCAUCAAACUAUGGUGGGGAAUACAUGUCUCGCAGCAGUAGUGAUGUUGCUGGUAGGUCUUAUUCAUCUAUGUACUCCAGUCGUGGCAUGGGUAAUAGCAAUUACAUGGGUUCUGGUGGUUCAGGAUCUUACUAUUGAUGUAAGUUAAAUUAUUACUUCAACAUUUUCUUUUUCAUUAAGUGCUCAAGGAAGUGUGAAACCUUUUGUGCCCUGGCCAAUUACAUGGAGAUCAUCAUUUUCUGAAGAUUUGGCAUCUCUUUGAUUCCUUAGAGGUGUGAUUGGACAAAAAGGGAACUUGUGGUUACUAGUUAAUUUGUCUAUGGAACAGAUUUGACAUGACAAGGAGCUGCUCUAAGAUGUUGGGUAUGAAGCUUAUGCCUUAUGAUGCUUAUUUAAUUGGAGAGAGAAUCUUGUCACAUAUAUAAAGAUCCGAAUGCUGUUGAAAUUAUCAAGCUUAAAAGUUCUGUACUCAAGAGAAGUGUUGCUUUGGUUAAAUCUUGUUUUAGAUAUGCUGACUGGAAACUUGUCAAGUCCUAAGCUCAUGAUGUAUGGAAAUUUUACUCUUAUAGAGAUGAAAAUAAGAAUUGCUUAGUAUUUUGAUA